GCGAUGGGACGUUUGGGACUUUGUCACGUGGAUUGCUCUUUUUGCAGCCGGACGGUAUGAAGCGGCCGAAGCUGAAAAAGGCGAGCAAGCGCCUGACAUGCCACAAGCGAUUUAAGAUCCAGCGAAAGGUUCGUGAACAUAAGCGGAAAACACGAAAAGAAGCAAAGAAACAAGGAAAUAAAAGUAAAAAAUCUCGAAAGGAUCCUGGUGUGCCUAAUAAUGCUCCAUUUAAAGAAGCAGUUCUUCGAGAGGCUGAACAAAGGAAACAAAACCUUGAAGAACUGAAACAAAAGCAGAAGCUUGCCAGACAAAAGGAAGUUGCAAAGAAAAGAAAACUUGAAGCUCAGAAAGAACCAGAAGUACAUGAGAAGCAACUUAAGAAAAAAAUGGCCAAAUUGGAGGGCAAAAGCUCAAGAAAAUCUCUAUGCAGCGAGUUGAAUAAGGUGCUUGAUGCCUCAGAUGUAGUUCUAGAAGUGGUGGAUGCCAGAGAUCCUCUUGGUUACAGAUGUCCUCAAGUGGAGCAGGCAGUCUUACAAUCAGAGGGGAAGAAGCAACUAGUCCUUGUAUUGAACAAGAUAGAUUUGGUGCCAAAGGAGAAUACAGAGAAAUGGCUAAAAUAUUUGGAAAAUGAAUUUCCUGUUGUCAUCUUUAAAUCAUCUGCGCAGUUGCAAGACAGAACAAUGGACCAGAAAAGAAUUUCUAAACUGAACACUGGUAUAGAAAUAUCACACAACAAUACCUGUGCUGGUGAUGAAAGUCUUUUAAAAUUGCUGAUCAGCUACUGCAGAAAACAAGAUUUAAAAAGCAUUAAAGUUGGUGUAGUAGGUUUUCCAAAUGUAGGGAAAAGCAGUAUAAUUAACAGCUUGAAAAAAAUGAGAGCUUGCAACGUGGGACAAGUAAGGGGUCUUACAAAAUCCAUGCAGGAAGUACACAUCGAUAAGCAGAUCAAAAUACUGGAUAGUCCAAGUAUUGUUGCUUCUGCAUCAAAUUCUGCUGUUGCCUUGUCCUUGAGGAACGUUGUGGACAUUGAAGCGCUAGAAAAUCCCACAUCUGUAGUGGAGCCCAUACUGACGAACUGUAAUAAACAGCAGGUCAUGUUGCAGUAUAAUGUCCCGAAUUUUCGAACAUCGCUGGAAUUUUUAACAUUGCUGGCUCAAAAAAGAAGCAUGUUAAAGAAAGGAGGGAUCCCUGACAUUGAGAAAACAGCCAAGUUGAUCCUUUACGAUUGGAGUGGAGCUAAAGUCAGUUACCAUACAGCUCCUCCAGAGAGACACGAACUACCCAGUUACAUCACUGCAAAAAUUGUGGAAGAAGCAAAAAGAGGCUUUAAUACUGGAGAACUAACUCAGCAUAAUGAAAAUACGCUCAAAGGUGUUAGGUGCCCUAAUAUGGCCAGCAGUAUAGUAUUCCAAUCUUCGGGACCAACUAAUGGACUAAUUAAAGAGGCUAAUGUGGAAGAAGAAUUGCAGGAUCAGGAAAGGAAUAAGGAUAACAAUUCAGGGAACCUAAAAAGUUCAGAGGCAGAAUAUCUUGAAAUAGUUCAAGAUAAAAAUGGAAAAGUGAAAACAGGUGGAUGCACAAUAGCCAAAAAGUUGCAGAUAAAACAAAUGAAAGUAACUGCCAAGAAAAAUAAACUGGAGUCAGAGAAAAUAGCUGACUCUAGCCGAAAGCCUACGUGGGUAGAUAUAUCUUGUGAAACACCAAUGGAGGAUGCCUAUGACUUCAACACUGAUUAUGUUGAGGAUUUGUCACCAGUGCCAAUUAGUUAAGGCCAGAAUAAUGGCUGAAGUAACAGAACAUUUGGACUGUACCGAGCAAUGAAUUGGUUUAAAUCAAAAGCCAAACUUCUUGUAAAUUAUUUUUAUGGUGGAGAUUGUGUAAAAAAGCAAAUUGUAUUAUAACUUGUAAAAUAUAUAUUGGAUUUAAGAUAUU